AUGGACGGCUUCCUAGGCAAAGUCUUCGACAAAGUCGUCGGCGGCGGCAGCAGCAACAACAACCAAAUGCCAAGCCAGGGCUACGGCAGCGGCUACCCGUCCUACAACCAACAACCCAGCUAUGGCGGCGGCUCGGGCCCCGCUCCGCCCCAGGAUCUGCCGUAUCCCUGGGUCGCGCGCUGGGAUGAUCGCGACCGGCGCUGGUUCUACGUGAAUGAGCAGACGGGGGAGCGGCGCUGGGAGCGGCCGUAUGGUGGCGGUGGUGCUGGUGGGUCGUAUGGACAGCAGUCGUACGGGCAGGACGGCGGGUAUCGGCAGUAUGAGCAGCAGCAGCAGCAGCAGCAGCCUCAGAAGAAGGACCAUAGUCUGAUGUAUGGGGCGAUGGGUGCUGCGGCUGGUGUGGCGGGUGGUGCCUUGUUGAUGCAUGAGGGGGAGAAGAUUCAUGAGGACUGGGACGAGCGCAAGGAGCGGUUCGAGCAGGGUGUUGAGGAUUUCCCUGAGGAUGCGGCGAGAUGGACUGGUGAAAAGGUCGGUGAAGUCGAACAGAUCCCUGAGAAUAUCGAGCAGGGCUGGGAUCGCACCGAGGACCGUAUCGAGAACAAGUGGGACAAUGCUGUGGAUGAUGUAGAGGACUUCCCCGAGGACGUUGCCGGAUGGGCUGGACGCCGAGUCGGCGCGGUGGAACGGUUCGGCGACGAGAUGGGGGGUGCUUACGAUGAGGGACGCGCUGAGGGCAGAGAUGACUGGUAG